CCACCCAGCCAAACGUCAUUCACUACAGAGGCAUUUUUUGAAUGGACCAAUUACUAUCUCUUCUUCACAGGUCUUGAGGCGCAUCUCAUCGAAACCCAUUGUCAUUCACACAUUCCGACAGGUGAGGUGAAAGAAUCUGGUCCGGCUUGAAAAUUACCAUGUCAACUGGUUUCAGGUCAGGGGAAAGGAUGUUGACUCCACCCUUUCAGGAGCAGAGAGGUCCAUAUAACUUCAGGGGACGUGACUUAGUCAUUAGUUAACAACGAUUAAAACCAAGCUGAGCUGACCUGCAUUGACUCUCCUCUACAACCUCUGCCUGAGCUUCAUUGAUUUUACAACAAAAAACAAGAAUUCUUCAAAAUGGUGUCGAUGGGAAGACAGAUGCUGGGCUUCGCCCUGGCUAUCAUCGGGUUCCUGGGGACCAUUAUUGUGUGUGCCCUGCCUAUGUGGAAAGUCACAGCCUUCAUCGGAGCCAACAUCGUGACUGCUCAGGUCAUCUGGGAGGGCUUGUGGAUGAACUGUGUGACCCAGAGCACGGGACAGAUGCAGUGCAAGAUCUAUGACUCCCUCCUGGCCUUACCCCAGGACCUGCAGGCUGCCAGAGCUCUGAGCGUCAUCGCCAUCAUCGCGUCAUGCUUCGGCAUCCUCUUGGGAAUUUCUGGAGGAAAGUGCACCAACUUUGUGGAGGAUGAGGCUUCCAAAGCUAAAGUAGCCAUUGCCAGCGGGAUCAUCUUCAUCGUGGCUGGCGUCCUCAUCCUCGUCCCUGUCUGCUGGUCCGCCAACACCAUCAUCAGGGAUUUUUACAACCCUCUGCUGGUCGAGGCCCAGAGGAGGGAGCUGGGGGCCUCGCUGUACAUCGGCUGGGGCACCGCAGGGCUCCUGAUCCUGGGAGGGGGGCUCCUCUGCAGCUCCUGCCCACCCAAGGAGGAGCGUGACGACUACCCAGUGAAGUACUCACAGGCAAGAUCCACAGCUACCAGCAGAGCUUACGUUUGAGCUGGAAACUGUUGAAAGAAAGACUGUAAAUUAUUUGAUUACCUCUGUGAAAUGAAAAUACCAUGCGAGUUACUGGUAUUAUCCAGUCUUGUUCUUUUCCAUUUUCCAUUUUUGAAAGUGAUGUGAAAUCAGAACAGAAUGAAUAUGUGAAAACAAAUUAACUGAGCUCUUCAGAACUUUGCAAGAAAAAGACAAGACAGAACUGUUGCCUAUAAGAAAUGACAUGACAGAGAAGUAGUGCUAGUCUAUACGCAGUGUAGAGGAAUCAUCUCAUGGGUCAUGGGGUGAUGACUGAAGUGAAU